UAGACUGCAAGGCAAAUAAAAAAAAGAGCUGAACAGAGCAAAUCAUUACCUCCGAAAGAAAGAAAAUUGACACCGCGGCCGUGUUCUGGCGUGAAUUUUCGUUUUCAAUCUCGGAUUUCCAAGUCCCCGCUUUGAACCGUUUGUAGUAGUUUUCUAGAGCGGAAAAGUCAUCAACGGUUAACUGUUGCUGGAUGUCGUGCAAUACAAGGAUUUUCGGAUCAGUUUGCUAGUUUGUAGUAGGUGGAAAUCGCAGGGAGGUGCGGUUAGGACUAUUUUUCUCGGAAAAAGAAAACCCUCUUUUGUGUGUCGAGCUGCAGUCUGGAGCAGGUCAUUCUGGUUAUCUUGCUCGCAUUUUGGAAGACCUGUUAGUCAUCGGGUACCAGGAAGCAUGACCGGGAUGGUCAGCUUGCCGUGACUGAUUCAGGAUAGCUGAAAAGUACUGCUAUCGAAUUAUUGUUGGAGUUAUCGAUUUGGGGCGAUAGCCAGACCACCUGACAGGGUGCCAUAGGAGGAAGCGGAGGGGGCGCUGCAAUCAGGACACAGUCACAGACUGUGGUGGGAGACGACAAGGGCGCGUGAGACGAAGAAGAAGGAACAAGGGCGACGAAGAUGUUUACGCCAAAGUCACGUAGAAGCUGAACAAAACGGUGUCUGCUGCUGCUUGGCUGAAAAACAAAAAAAGGCAUUUUUGACCGUCGUCAGAGAAAGAAUCCAGAAUCAAGCGUAGAGGACACAAGACUUGUUAUCGGACUGAGGCGUAGUUUGGAGCUCUGAAAGGAAUUGUUGCUAGUGUUAAACAGUGCAAGGGAGCGAAAUUUUGUGACGAAUUUAAGCUAGGCUGCAAUAAUGAACGGAUUAAGCUUCGGCGAGCUAUGCUGCCUGUUCUGCUGUCCACCGUUCCCGGGUCGGAUCGCGGCCAAGCUGGCCUUCCUGCCGCCCGAUCCCACGUACAACCUUACCCCGCUGGACGAGAGCAAAGCCAAGUAUAUGCUCAGUUUCAACGAACGCGCCGAAUGGCCCUACUCCGAGCGAGAAAAGGAGAACGUGGAAGGAUUCUUCACGCGGACCUCCCGCGGCAACAAGCUGUCCUGCAUCUACGUCCGGUGCGCUCCGAAUGCCAAAUAUACGCUGCUGUUUUCCCACGGGAAUGCCGUUGAUCUGGGUCAGAUGAGCAGCUUCUACUUGGGGCUGGGGCUACGGAUCAACUGUAACAUCUUCAGUUACGACUACUCCGGGUACGGCAUGAGCGGUGGAAAACCAUCGGAGAAGAAUCUGUACGCGGACAUUGAUGCGGCGUGGCACUCACUGCGAACCCGGUUCGGGGUCAGUCCCGAGAACAUCAUUUUGUACGGGCAGAGUAUUGGGACGGUACCGACGGUGGAUCUCGCAGCACGGUACGAGGUCGGUGCCGUCAUUCUGCAUUCGCCGCUCAUGUCCGGCAUGAGGGUGGCUUUCCCAAACACCAAACGGACCUGGUUCUUCGAUGUGUUUCCGAGCAUCGACAAAGCUUCUAAAAUCACCUCACCGGUGCUGGUGAUUCACGGAACCGAAGACGAAGUCAUAGACUUUUCCCAUGGACUGAGCAUAUACGAAAAGUGCCCAAAAGCGGUCGAACCGUUAUGGGUUGAGGGAGCUGGCCAUAAUGACAUCGAACUGUACAACCAGUAUCUGGACCGCUUGAAGAAGUUUGUCACAAUUGAGCUGAACAACUGACAAUUAAAGAACGCCCCUGGCCAGCCACCACCCAGCACCGCAUCGAACGCCGCUGCAGCUUCGGUGUCCUCGGCUGCAUCCUCCAGUGUGACGGCGUCGAAUGCGACUAGUGGCUCCGGUGGUGGCGGUGCCACCUCAUCAUCUUCAUCAACCACCGCGGCGACCGCCAAAAGUCCUAAACGGGCCGUCACCACAGAACCAAGUGGUGAAAAAGCUAGCGGCGAAAAGUUGUUAUAGCAUUC